CACCAGAGACCAGCCUUUUCUUCCUUCUCUCUCCUUCCUCCAUUUCAAACCCACAAGCCACAACACCCGACCAUUCCUUCCUUCUCUCUCCUUCCUUCCUUCAUUGCAGAUUUAGACACCACGGCGGCCGGUCGUGGAGGAGAAGCAGAGGCGCCGGCACACCGGCGGCCACGGAGGAGAGCGAAGGGAGACAUCCCCGGCGUAGGAGAGGCGAAAAUGGAAAGGGAAGGAUGGCGAUGGGAGACGCGCGGAGGCCUGGGGUCGUCGGGGAUGGGAGAUGGCGAUGUCGGGGAGGAAUCGGCGAGGAGAAACGAUGCUAUCUCUGACUUUGGCUCUGGCUCGCGGUGCCUGGUCUUCGAGGAAGGCGGGGAGGGGAGACAGAGUCAUCGGGGAGGGUGGCUGGGGUUUGGAUGGCGGAGGGCGAAGGUAAUGGCAGAGCUGGGCUGGAUUUGGAUGGCGGCUGGGCUGGGAUUUGGAUGGCGGAGGGCUAGGAUUUGAGUACGAAGAAGAAAUAAUUAGGGUUGGGGUUUUAUUAAAAGGAUGACUGGUCGGUUAUGUUCGGUUAGUCGGGUAAUCACGGUUAAUUAUACUCGGUUAUUCGGCUAGCCGAAAACCAGCUUUAUUCCACCGAACACCGACGAGGCAAAUAACCGUCGGUUUCUGCUUGCUUGAUUUCUGUUCUGAACUUGGAGAAUCUCGAUCUUAUUCUGCUGAUGGAUUUGCUUCCAGAACACAGAGUGGCACAUUCAUGGACGGUGAUCUGCUCGUCAAUCGCGACGGGGUUCGAAUCGUCUCUCAAUCCGAGCCCGACGCUCCGCCGCCAAUUCAGCCCGCCGACAACCAGAUGAGCCUAGCUGAUAUAGACACCAUCAAGGUCAUCGGAAAGGGGAAUGGCGGCAUUGUUCAGUUGGUGCAGCACAAAUGGACGUGCCAGUUCUUCGCAUUAAAGGUUAUACAAAUGAAUAUCGAGGAGUCUGCACGUAAGGCAAUUGCUAAGGAACUUAAAAUUAAUCAAUCAGCACAAUGCCCCCACGUCGUUUUGUGCUAUCAAUCUUUCUAUGAUAACGGUGCUGUUUCCAUUAUCUUGGAAUACAUGGAUGGUGGUUCCCUAGCAGAUUUUCUGAGAAAAGUUAGAACAAUUCCUGAACCAUACCUUGCUGCUAUCACUAAGCAGGUACUGAAGGGUUUGUUGUAUCUUCAUCAUGAGAAACAUGUUAUCCACAGAGACAUGAAGCCUUCCAAUUUGUUAAUAAAUCAUAGAGGAGAAGUCAAGAUCACUGACUUUGGUGUGAGUGCAAUAAUGCAAAGCACAUCAGGACAGGCAAAUACUUUUGUUGGCACUUACAACUAUAUGUCUCCUGAGAGAAUUAGUGGAGGAAAAUAUGACUACAAAAGUGAUAUUUGGAGCUUGGGCUCUAUUAUGCUUACCAUUCUUGCCUGCUGCAUAUUUUUCAGUGUUCAAAAAGACCCAAAAUAUAGACUGUCAGCACUUGAACUUAUGUCACAUCCAUUUAUGAACUUGUACAAGGACCUUCAUAUAGAUCUCUCAUCUUACUUCAAGAAUGCUGGCUCGCCUCUUGCAACCUUUUAAGUAUCUGAUUUGCCACUUCGUACCAGAUGCGGCUCAUGGAGACUCACUCUGAAAUAACUAAAGGGAAGUGUUCUAGUUAAAAUUUUGAAGUUCUGAGAAGUAUUCAGCUGCAAAACGCGGCAGGUAAGCAGCAAUGUGUCAAGAAGCACCAACUCGAGUAUCAAAUUGCUCAAAACAAUUCGUGUACUGUAAAACGAACUGCUUCUCUGCAGUGUAACUAGCGCGAGGUGUUGUUAUCUCUUACACUGGGAGGGGAUCCCCCUUGUAUAAUUUGAGUUGCCAGAGGAAAGAGUACCGUAACUUGCUUGUAUGACAAACAACAGUGUAUUAAAAAAACACACC